CUAGAGGCUUCAAGGGCCUGAUCCUAGGUAUUUGUAACUCUUGUUGAAGUCGGUGGGAGUUGAAUGUGCUUAACAUCUUCUAGAAUUGGACCAUUAAUUUAGUUAACUGAUUCCUGUUUUCAUCAGCCUGACGCAUUACAAUUCAUGUAUAUGGUGCUAAUCUUGCCAGACUUUUGGAGUUGUCCUCACUGGAAUUUUUUAAUUAACUAAGAGAAAACCAGUCCUAAGGGAAAUGUUCAGGUUGUGAGACCCUGCACGUUGACGUCAGAAGUGGACUCAGUUUUAAAUGAAAGUGGUUGGUAGUAGUAUUUACCAAAGCUCAUCCCAUCAAGUUAUACAUACAGAUCUCCUUAAGACACUUGAUCUUGGAGAUUCAUGAUUGCUUGUACAGCAAGAAUUGUCCUGCCUCAAAGUCCCUAGUUUUCUUUAAACAUUUUUUUAAAAAACUAAAAGCCUAAGCUGAAAGAUGGAACAGAAUGUUUCGGAGCGAAAACCUGCCACCAACUCGACUGCAGACUUCGAUGUAAUGGGUGCCUUAGACUGGAAAGACGGCAUUGCUACCUUGCCAGGUAGCAACAUACAAUUCCGUUUAAGUGAGUUUGGAACACUAGAAAUCAUUACUGAAGUAGAAGCGGAAGCCAUAAAAUCUCUUUCGGUCCCAGCAAUAAAUACCAGCACAGACAGCCUUAAUUCUGGCACGUGGACUCUUGCUGCUAUCAACACUACUGCUGCCUUUGGCACUGAUUCUGAAGCAGAACCCAGAGACAAAGUGUCUCGUACUGGCAUACAAGCCUGUGAAAACUGUGGGCAAAUGGACUGCUUUGAGAAUGACAAGUUUUGCACCUGCUCCCAGCAGCAUAAGGACAAGAAUUCCAAAGACAUCCCAGCUGACUGCAGAAACCGAAUAAAUAACAGAAACUUUAAUGCCAGCGCUGAUUCUCAGGUUAACGAGGCUGACAGACCUCUCAAGCGGCUCCGAAGAAAGAGAAAGCUGCUUCUGGACUCUGAGGAUGAUGAGGAAAAUGUAGAUGAUGAGGAGCCUAACAAGGAGAAGAAUAAAUCAAAUAAUAUGAAAAACCGCAGAAACACCAAACCAGUAAAACAAGUUCUUCUUGGAAAGAAGAAGGUGUGGAACUGGGUUUCCUACUUAGAAGAGGAACAGAUGCCAGCUGCUCCAUUUAAAUUGUUCAAAGAGUAUCAAUCCUUCCCACAAGGUAGAAAUGGAUUUAAAGUUGGAAUGAAGUUAGAGGGCCUAGAUCCUGAACAUCCAUCUUUAUGUUGCGUUCUCACUGUGGCUGAGGUGCAGGGAUUUAGAAUGAGGUUACAUUUUGAUGGUUAUUCUGACUGCUAUGACUUCUGGAUUAAUGCUGAUUCCCCAGACAUCCACCCUGUCAGCUGGUGUGAAAAAACAGGUCACAAGCUGCUUCCCCCUAAAGGUUGCAAGGAAGGGGAAUUUAAUUGGACUUCUUAUCUGAAGAAUUGUAAAGCUCAAGCAGCCCCCAAAAUCCUUUUCAAGACCCUCAGCACACCUGUCACGCCAUCUGGAUUUCGGGUGGGAAUGAAGUUGGAAGCAGUGGACAGAAAGAAUCCAUCUUUGAUGUGCGUGGCAACUGUUGCUGAUAUGUUGGAUAACCGGCUGCUAAUUCAUUUUGACAACUGGGAUGAGAGUUACGACUACUGGUGUGAUGCUAGCAGCCCAUACAUUCGUCCUGUUGGUUACUGCCAAGAAACUGGAACCCCACUGACAACACCACCUGAAUAUAAGGAUUCCAAAAGCUUCUCGUGGGAGAAAUAUUUGGAAGAAACCAAUUCCCAGGCAGCCCCAGCAAGAGCAUUUAAAUUGCGUCCUGCCCAUGAGUUUCAGGUUAAUACGAAGUUAGAGGCUGUGGACAAGAGAAAUCCCAAGUUAAUAAGAGUGGCAACAAUUGUUGACAAGGAGGACCAUCGGAUUAAGGUCCAUUUUGAUGGGUGGGACCGUAACUAUGAUUUCUGGGUUGAUUCAGACAGCCCAGAUAUUCACCCAGUAGGCUGGUGUGCAAAAACUGGACAUGCUCUACAGGUUCCGCUAGGUGCUGCUGAUACAAUGGGAACAGUCGGGCAAGGGUGCCCUACCCCUGGCUGUCAGGGUAUUGGUCAUGUCAGAGGACCGCGCUAUGGAACACAUUAUACGCUAGUAGGGUUCCCAUAUUCUGAAGUUAACCUCAAUAGGGAGAGCUCAUUACAGGAUCGCCUGAGUGGGGAGAGGCCUUCAUCCAGCAAUAGCAUUCAGAAAUCCAAGAGACCAGAGACUCCUAUACCAUUCGUAGACCCUCAGGAAGACUCUCCACUAUCCAGAAAAUCUUCUGUGCAAGAUGCUGAAAGAUCUGGUCGAAGCAGUGUCCAUAGUCUGUCAGAGCAGUCCGAAAACAGUCAGGAGAAAGACUGGGUGGAAGAGGAAUCAUCUACAGAUACCAAAGUGAAACAAAUAAAGCUUGGUUCCCAACAUGCCUAUAUAAAGUUCCAGCUGGUGAAGCAGGAAGACUAUGGAAAUGACACAGAAUUCACUCUGCAGCAGGCCCUCCAUCAGUCUGUCUUCAUGCCUUCCCUGUCCUCUAACCCGACCCACCGCCUCCAUCUCUGCUGGGAGCAGCACUGCAAGCUGCUACCAGAGGUUUCAGGCCUUACUGCCAAGCAUGUGGCCAAAUGGACCGUGGAAGAGGUGGCUAGCUUUGUUCAGCGUUUGCCAGGUUGUAAGGAGCAAGCUUCUGUAUUCAGGGAAGAGCAGAUAGAUGGUGAAGCCUUUCUGCUUCUGAACCAGACCGACAUAGUUAAAAUACUGAGCAUCAAGCUGGGUCCUGCACUGAAAAUCUACAAUGCCAUUCUCAUGUUCAAAUCUGCUGAAGAAGACUGAAAGGAUCUCCCUGAUAUAGGACCAGAGGGUCAAUAUAGAGUAUGGAGGCCUCAGAGUUCAGUGUCGUCAUUACAAUGUACUGAACAGGUGGACUGGGACAUUUGCGAGGCAGUGGCCUGAUCACACUUCAGACUGACUUAAAGUGGAACCUUUUGAAAGAAAUUUAAAGAUGUAACAAUCUUGCCUCAAUUUGGAAUGGGGGCAGUUUCACUUCCAAGAAGAGGAGAUGAUUAUAUUUUCUAAUUGACUUGGUUUUUUUGGUAUAUAAAUCUCCUUGAGAUCCAGAAGAAACCUCCGAUUAUAAGGGGAAACAGGGUGAUGCUAUUGGUGGAGCUGAAAUCUCAAGCAAAAUGACAACAGUAGUGCCUGAAAGAGAGUCUGUUUGAUCACCAGCGUGUUUGAUAUAUAUAAAACUUGGGGGUGGGGACAAGAAGAGCGAAGGGGAAAGGGGUGCACUUCAAAGUAGUGCAUGCAAAUUCCUCACCACUAGGAACCAGCUGCUGACCUUUCCAGACUCGUUUUAAAAUAUCAUAAUGUAUCCUGUUGCUCUUGGCUGCUACAUACUCUCUCCUAAGGAGAUGCAUGCAAUUCAACAGAACUGCACCACUGGGGGUCCAAAUGGCUUCCACACUGUGACGGUUUACAUUUAUAUUUGGCAGCAAAGGACUACCGCUUUCCGAUUCAGGCUGCCAGCUCAGUAUGUUAUGCUCCAGACUCUAAAUGUAGAGUCUUUUUAAAAGAUUUCCUUCCAGCAUGCAAGUGAAGUGAAAUCUAUUUUCAGACAGGCCAGUGAUUGGAGGCAGUUUUGUUUUUAAAAUGGGCCAGCAACUGAGAACAAACUUCUACUGAAUGUGUGGAUCAUGCCUGUAUAAAUUGUUUCUAGCAUUUCCCAUGAAUCCUUGUAAUAUGAAGAUCUUGUUUGAGGACAUGGGAGAGAGUAUGCAUGAAUUUGGUUGUCUCACCAAGACCCUUUUCACCUUAAGGGUAGUAUCAUACUAGUAAUAGUCAAGUUUAAACUCACUUUUAUAGAGCAUAGUUUUGCUUCCAAUAUGAACAGGGCCUUCUACACAUUCAGUUUUGGUUUGUCUUGAGAAGCUGAAGCUCACAAAUGGCUAAAGCGUUAUCAAAUUCAGCCUCCAGGGGUGGAUUUUGGCCUGUUCUUCUACCUGAGAGAGUAAGCUGCCAUGAUGGAGCUCCAGUGCCUUGGAGCUGUAAACAAAAGGGACAGAGAAGGCUGGUUGGAUGAGGAUGAGGUUUUGAAUGAAGGGGAAAAGGUAAGUAAAAUGUGUGUAGGGGUGAGAUUCCUGCCCAGAGAGAAUGGGAACAGAGCUGGGCAGCCCCUUACAGGCCUUCUGAGCACUUUAGGAGGAAGACAGAUGUUGAAAAAGGGAACUAGCUUGUCUAUAAUAAUCGAACAAGUUAUACGUGUAUCAGGGAGGGGACAAAGCUUGUAGCAAUGUCCCUAUGCACAUGUGUAGCAACUGGUACCCUUUUGUAACAAUAGGAUAUUGAUUAAUGUUUCCUUCUCUUCCAAAAGUUACAGUAUAAUUUGAAAGAGACUCUUGUAUGAUAUCCAGCAUGCGACAAGAAUGCACAGUUCUUUACAAACAAACAGAAAUCUCCUUUGAUUAUAGAGAGUUAAUUCCUGCCAUUCUUCUAGGGCUCUGUUAGAUGUUUCUUUCCAUGCCUUGCAGUAUCACAGGUGGUGGCUCCAUCUCUGGCCCUGGUAUGGACCAGAAAACAGCCUGGGGGCAAGGGUGUGUUCACAGAGGCCCUCAGGGUCUGUCUUACCCAGAUAAACCCUUCUCCUGUUUCAUUUAAGGUGAUUGGGGUGGAGCAUGACUGACACUUCUACAUAACAUAUUUGUGCGAGUGAACGCUCUGAAUGCAGUAGUGGUACUGGUGGUAUGUUACCUGUGUCAUGCCACUGUCAAAGUGGGGGAAACACCACUGAAGCCCAGGAAGAGGAAAUGUGAAUCACCCAAGGCACUGCAGAAAAAAACCUCUUGUAUGAGGGGUGGCUAUCACAGGUGUUGUGGCCUUAGACUCAGUCCUACGCUACUGUAAAAAACAUGUAAUAUAUUGAUAAUGCUUUAAACACAUUGUACACAGCCAUGUGACAAACGUCAGGAAAACUGUUGGUCUUCCAGCCACACCCCCUCUAGAUCCAUGCUCCAACUUUUCAGCUUCUGAGUCAGGUCUUUGUAACUUUCAUACAGUUACUAAGUCCUUUAAAAUUAUAAAUAGAGUGGAAUCCAAGCUGCUGAAUCUGUCGUGGAUUAAUAUAAGGAGCAGUACAUCUCCCUACUUUCUAUUUUUGUUGUAGCUAGGAUAUUAACACGUUAACCACACUAUAAAUGGCAACAGUGCCAUACAUUCACCCAAUAUAAGGUGCCAUAAAAUGGCAAAGCACCCAUAAAGAGAUUGCACACACAAUCCAUCUUUGCAGCUGGUUUGUAUUGCACCUUAAAUUGAAUGCAUGGCAUGUCCACGGACUAGGGCCAUCUGGUACCUGAUGCUGACAAUAAGCAGAUUGUCAGAACCAGCCCUAUUCAGUCCCAGGUUUCCAAGUAGCCCAGUGCUGACAAUCAGUUGGCAUCAGCCCCCAGGGCAGCCCCAGGUCUUCAACUGGGCCUGGAGCUGCCUCGGCCCACCUGCUCCCAGCAGUGGGAGCCCAGGCUGCUGGGUCCAGGGGACCAAAGGCUCCCAGUGGUCAGGCCGGCCUGGGCUUCUGGCAGUUGCAUGAUUGGAUACUCCGUGAUCCCCAUAAUUGUUCAUCUUGCCAUGCCUGUGUGCCAUAGCAGGAUGUUCAGUUGUUGGGAUCAGGGAUUGGAUCCUAUCAUGCAGUUAUUUUAACAUCUGCCAGGAGCCUAAGACUUCCACACACAUGUUCUGCUAUGAAUGAGGGUUAAUCAGAGACAGUGUUCUGCAGAGAUCCCUAUAGUAGGGUUUAGUAAUUGAAUGCAGCUUUAUGGUGCUGAGACAGAUGUGCACUGGACAGAGCAAGUACAUUUCUAAUGUGAAAACAGGAAUUAAUCACCAAAGAACCACAUCUCAUACUUGGAACACACGGUUGCCCUGUAGGGAGAUGUUCUGGGGUGACAUAUAAAAUAUGACGGACACCUUUUUAGGAUUAAGAUUUUUAUUUUAUGGUGAACUUUGCUAAAGCAAAGUAUUUCUAUAACUGGAAUCACUAGCAACACAUCUUAUGCACUGAUGCAAUUCACAUUUUAGGUGAGGCAGAAUUAUUUACAUUGGAGCAGAAAACUGAGGGGCACAGGACUCUGCUUUGCUUGAAUGGUUUUAGGCAAAUUACAGCAAAUCUCUGUGCUUCAGUCUCCCUAUCUGUAAAGCCAUGAUAAUACCCAUCUGUGGGAAGAGCUUUGAGAUGCACUGAUGAAUGUGCACUCAGUGUUAAUAAACAGCUCCUCUAUAUUCUCUUUUACCUCAUUUCUCUGAAAUUUUCAGUGGAGAUAGCAGGUUGUUCCCAGCAAAAAAUGAUAGUUUCAGAGUCUCGUUGCUUGUUUCACCAGUUUUGUUUACUGUGAUUGUCUGCAUGUAUUUCUGUGGCAUCCAGCAUAAUUCAGCUCCUAGUGUGAACAGGUCCCACUACAAAUUUACUUUAAUUUUUAACCAGCUGAAGAUCAUGAAUGAUGAAAGUCAGUCUCAGCUACCAUAAAUACUAUGUAUGUAUUAAAGUAAAGAAAAUUAGUGAAGCAAGCAACAAGAGUCUCAUGCUAACAUUAUUCAAAUAGAAGUUAGGUCUUUAAUCCUACAGGCCUCCUAGCCAGCUUGAACAAAGAAAAGAAUUUAUAUCUGCCUGGAGUCUUUUCCAGCAGAGCAGUAGUGUAAGCUUCCAGCAGGGAAUUCUUUAUGGAUGAGAGGAGGAGGAGGAAUAUGCUUCUUGGACCUUUUUUUUUUUUUCUCUAAUCUGGUAAUCGUCUUUACAGAGGAAGCAAGAACACGUGCACCUCUUGCUAGUUCUUAAAUCCUUCCAAAUAUACCCAUUUUAAAUAAAAACAACUUUUAAAGUAGUUAAAAUCAGAAAUCAUUUUGCCUUCGCAUUUCCAAUGUCUUUAUUGGAAUGCUAAAAAAGCAAAACAUUAAUAAGGCACAAAUCCCCACCCCAUCUUUUAACUCCAUGUUCACCCCUGAGAGUUAGGUAUUUAUUGGCUGGAGAUGUCACAGUAGUCAUUUUUCAAUUCGCAUCCAUGUCAUUAGCAAGUUUAAUUUGUUUCCUGUAUUAUGUGAUGUGUGUGAGACAAUACAGCCAGCCACCAGUGAAAAGCCAUUUCAUACAUUUAUAUGAUAAUUGAGAAAUGGGUAUUUAAGCAAGAGGCUUGAAAAACAUGUUUGAUUUACUUUUGUUUAUUAGUUAAAAAAAACCCUGCACUUUAAAGUAGGAAGCAAAAAGGUUGGACUCUCCAUUCAUUACAUCUGAAACUAGUUAUUUUUACUUGGUUUAGAGGUUUUCACAACCACACAUCAGCACAGGCUAACUGACAGCCCAUCAGAACUUCAAUUCUGAAAGACAAAAUUUGUUUGAAAAAAAGGAUAAAUCUAUUGCACCCAAAACAAGCCAGAUCUGUAAAACUAUUAGACAUGACCCAAGCAGGCAAUGGAAAACGUAUAUAGAUUCCAAAUGAUUUCUGUGAUACUUGCUCAGCAUAUUGCAUUCCUUUUUCCUUCCCCAUCCCUUUUCAGAGCUCCAAAAUUCAGGGUUUUAUUUCUUUUAUUUGCCUAACCAGAGUGUCCUGUUUAAAUAUUUCUGUGCCAUCACAAAUCAUCAUCCUUGUAAUCCAAUGGUAGAAAAUUUCUGCUCUGGGUAAUGAAUCGCAUUAAUGUUAGAGAGAAGCAUUCAGCAACACUGAUAGCAAAAAUUGUACAACCAAAGAAAAAAAAAUGAGCCCAGGGGAUAAGCAAGUUCAGCUGUAGAAGAUUUCCUGCCUGCUGCUUUCAUGCCCUGCUAAGGGAUUUAUACCACAUAAAGCUUUAAAGUUUUUGACAUUCUCUCCAUCAUGUGAUGAGCUGGUUUAUUUCUGAAACUUAUAUUACUUGAACUGGAAAUGUGGGGGGGUGGGAUUUGCAGCAAGGUUUUCAGUUCAAUGUUUGAAACUUGUUUGCUUUUUAAAACCGAAAAAUACUUGAACCUUUGAUGCUAGCUGCUACAUGUUGGACAUUGAGCUACCACCAAAUGCUUUCCUCUGGAAAUGGGAAUAAAUUAAUAUACGUGUUCCAAGACAAUGGAUUCUUUCUUGAGUUAAUUGUAUUAAGGGACUGGUACAAAUGAGUGUUGCUUUAAAAGAAAUGGGCUUUAUUUCUUGUCUCCCCCUCUCUGAAUUGGAUGAAAGUAGCAGUUACUAUCACUUUUUGCCUUUUUUCCACCCCUAGUUCUGUUCAAGGUAGCCCUCAUGUAAAAGGACAUCAUCCAUACCAUGGGAAUUAGUAUCAAUGGAAAUAUUUAGGCUUUUGAUCCUGAAAUAUUUUGAUUUUUCCCUUCUGACAACUUUUGAUCCCUGAAAUGUUUCU